AAGUGUCUUUCUGUUUGUGAAACAUUCAUGCAAUUGAUUGAUCAGAUUAACUGAAAUUCCGAAUUAUUUUCAUCGUUGAUUUUCUAAUCAUGGAGAUGAGAUCAAAUCCUACGGUUGAUAACUCUCAACACCAUCGCCACCAUGCAACUCCGUCCAAACAGCCUCCCGCCGCCCCUAACGCCGUCGAUACCUCCUCCGUUACUCAAAGAUUACAAAAGGAAUUAAUGUCACUAAUGAUGAAUGGUGGAGAUCUUGGAGUAUCAGCAUUUCCUGAAGGUGAGAGCAUUUUUGCGUGGAUUGGUACGAUUGAGGGUGGAAAAGGGACUGCUUAUGAGGGUUUAUCGUAUAAGCUCUCGCUGCGUUUUCCUAUGGAUUAUCCCUUUAAACCACCACAAGUCAAAUUUGAGACCAGUUGCUUUCAUCCAAAUGUUGAUCAGUUUGGCAACAUAUGUCUAGACAUACUACAGGAUAAGUGGUCUUCAGCUUAUGAUUGCAGAACCAUUCUUUUGUCAAUUCAAAGUCUACUGGGAGAACCUAAUCCAGACAGUCCUCUCAAUAGCUACGCUGCAAAAUUGAUGAAUGACAAGGAAGAUUAUAAGCGGAUGGUCCACAAACAUUACUACGCUGGAGAAGUAACCGAGAGUUGAUCUGCUGAUUUUUUGUGGCAGCAUCUGAUAUGAUCUACUGGGAAGCCUUUGCCUUGAAGAGUUUCAAGAGAAACUUGGAGUGAGUUUGAAUGUUUUUUAUUUCACUCUCAAACGGGAUUUGGCACAUGAAAUAUAUGCAUAUAAGUGCUCUGCGUUCCUGAUUCUCUUGGCUGAUCUAAACAUGCUUAUAUUUCUUUUUUGCUAUCUGCAAGAAAAAAAAAUUAGUGUAGGCGUACUUGUACAUUCUUAAAAAUCAUUGAAAUUUCUGUCCUUGUAUGCUAAUUUUUAGGGAUAUUAUCCCGUCAGGUGUGCCUCAACGAUAGAGGUAAAAGGGUGCAGCUAAAGUUUUGUGCUGAAUUAUUCAGGUUCUUAUUAUCGAAAUGGUUGAUUUCUUCAAA